GGUCGAGAUCAUCCAGGUUCCUCUUCCCUGCCGAUUCCACGGGCCUCGUCUGCUCGCUGUCUGUGCGGCGGGCGUACUUCCACGAGAGGCGGAAACUACCGUUUUGUCGCGCAAACUCAUCCCCCGUAAGGAUUCGGUUGCUAGAAAAGCCGCCUUUCUGGUGAAUCCGUCCCAUAUCCGGCAGCUGGGCCUCUGUGGGACCCGGCUCGCAUUCCCUUCCCCGGCUCGGUUAGACUUUCCAUUUGGGGCUCGUGUUUGGGCAUUAUAAAGGAUACCGGCCAUGGGAGACCCCUUGUGUUGCCCACGCAUUCUUCCCUUUCCUUCAUCAGUUCAUCGUCCGUAAGAUGGCGUUCUAAAGAGGUUCGAACACUAAAGCUAUUCGUUGUUUGCUGGAGGCGCAGGAAGUUAAUGUGCAAUGGUAGCUGUCACCUUCUCGUUCUGCUCGCAGUUGCUGGGCCUACGCGGUCGCCACCUGACCCCACCGUUCCGGUUCCCUUCCGCCGUCGCCGCGUCCUGUCACAAAGGAAUCCAAUUUCCCAUCAUCUCUUCGUUAGCUCCCUCAACCAAACGCUCGGCCGUCUCACAUUCCUCCUCGGAGGAAACAGUUGAAAAAGAUGAGGCAUUUAAGUUCGCGGAGGCUGCCAAAGUUGGCAAUUUGGUGCCCCUUCGCCGUUGCAUUUUCAGUGACCAGCUGACGCCGGUUGUGGCCUAUCGUUGUCUUGUGAAGGAGGAUGACUUUGAAGCACCAAGCUUUCUAUUUGAGUCAGUGGAGCAAGGUUCCCGGGGGAAUAAUGUGGGACGUUAUAGUGUUGUUGGAGCUCAUCCAGCAAUGGAGAUUGUGGCCAGGGAGAACAUGGUAUCUGUUAUGGAUCAUGAGGAAGAGCGAAUGACAGAGGAGAUUGUUGAUGAUCCCAUGCGAAUCCCCAAGAGUAUCAUGGAGGGUUGGAGCCCACAGACCAUUGAUGAAUUUCCUGAUGCUUUUUGUGGUGGAUGGGUCGGCUACUUUUCCUAUGAUACCAUGCGAUAUCUAGAGAAGAAAAAGCUUCCAUUCUCAGGUUCUCCCAAGGAUGAUAGAAACCUUCCAGAUAUCCAUUUAGGACUGUACAAUGAUGUUAUAGUGUUUGACCAUGUGGAAAAGAAAGCACAUGUGAUUCAUUGGGUAAGAUUAGACCGAUACUCCUCGAUCGAAGAAGCCUAUCAAGAUGGGAAGAGUCAUUUGGAAGCUUUUCUAUCCAAGGUGCACACCGGGAAAGUGCCCAGGUUAUCUGCUGGAUCUAUUAAAGUCCAUACAAAUACUUUUGGCCCUUCUUUAACAAAGUCAUCAAUGACAAAUGAAGAAUACAAGAAGGCAGUUUUGCAGGCAAAGGAACACAUCUUUGCUGGCGAUAUUUUUCAGAUUGUUUUAAGCCAGCGUUUUGAGCGGCGCACAUAUGCAUCUCCAUUUGAAGUAUAUCGCUCACUGAGAAUUGUGAAUCCAAGUCCAUACAUGGCCUACAUACAGGCAAGAGGAUGCGUUCUUGUAGCAUCCAGCCCUGAAAUUCUUACUCGUGUAAAGAAGAGGAAAAUUAUUAAUCGACCUCUUGCUGGGACAAUUAGAAGAGGAACAACAGAGGAGGAGGAUAAAUCAAAUGAACAACAGCUACUAAGCGAUGAAAAGCAACGUGCAGAGCAUAUCAUGCUUGUAGAUUUGGGAAGAAAUGAUGUUGGAAGGGUAUCAAAACCUGGAUCGGUAAAGGUGGAAAAACUAAUGAAUAUCGAGAGAUACUCCCAUGUGAUGCACAUCAGUUCGACGGUAAUUGGAGAGUUAUUUGAUCAUCUGACUUGCUGGGAUGCUCUCCGAGCUGCAUUGCCUGUCGGAACAGUCAGUGGAGCUCCAAAGGUAAGAGCCAUGGAGUUAAUUGAUCAAUUGGAAUUCACACGACGAGGACCGUACAGUGGUGGCUUUGGAGGAAUCUCAUUUACCGGCGACAUGGACAUUGCAAUUGCUCUUCGGACCAUAUUAUUCUUGACUGGGAGCCAGUACAACACUAUGUACUCAUACAAGGAUCCCAAGAGGCGCCAAGAAUGGGUGGCACACCUUCAAGCUGGAGCAGGCAUUGUAGCAGACAGCAACCCUGAUGAUGAGCUGAAAGAAUGUGAGAACAAAGCUGCAGCCCUUUCUCGCGCCAUUGAUCUCGCGGAGUCUACAUUCGUCGAAAAAUUGUAGGCUCGUAACAGAAGAUUUACCAGAUAACUCAUUUCAGAAUCAUGUUCAAUGCUUUGGUUUCCUCAGGGAAAGUUCAAAAUCUCUCUUUGUAAGGACACUUCGACCUCAAUAAUUCACAACUAAUUACUACUUA